UCCGGAAAUAAUAGUCCUCGGCAGUCAACCAGGCUGGCUUUGAUUCGCUUGCAAGCGAAGGUGGGAGUCCUCUGAGUGCAGAUCGAGGGGAGGACUUCCGAGCAGACGAAGUGGAUGAGAGCUGAAGCCAUGGGAGUUACGCCGGCUAUAGAAGUCCUGAAGGAGAGGGCGACACUCCUGAGAGAAUCGUUGCAGAAGAGCCAGACCAUCACCGGCAACAUGGUCGACAUCCUCGGUUCCUUCGACCACCGACUGUCUGCUCUCGAAUCUGCCAUGCGUCCCACCCAGGUGCGGACGCAUGCGAUUAGAAGGGCGCACGAGAACAUCGAUAAGACGUUGAAGUCUGCCGACGUUAUACUUGGUCAAUUUGAUAUCACUCGUCAGGCUGAGGCUAAGAUCUUGAGAGGUCCACAUGAAGACUUGGAAAGUUAUUUGGAGGCAAUUGAUCAGUUGAGAAGAAAUGUUCAAUUCUUCACCUCAAAUAAAACCUUUAAAUGGUCUGAUGGGGUGCUUAACCAUGCAAAUAUUUUGCUCUCUAAGGCCAUUAUGAAACUAGAGGAGGAAUUUAGGCAGCUCCUUUCUACUUUCAGCAAACCUGUGGAGCCAGACCGUCUUUUUGAGUGUCUACCUAGUUCAUUGAGGCCAGCUACUGGGUCACCUGGUCAGCAAGGUGAGGGGGAGAGGAAGCCAUCAUCUGCCAGUAAUUCCGAUCAACAAGGGAAAAGCUUGGAGACAGCCAUAUACAAACCUCCGACUCUAAUUCCUCCAAGGCUUUUGCCCUUAAUGCAUGACCUGGCCUUACAAACAAUUCAAGCUGGAAAACAGGAUCAGUGUGUGAAGAUUUAUUGUGAAACUCGUUCUUCAGCAUUAGAACAGAGCCUUCGGAAACUUGGUGUGGAAAAGCUCAGUAAAGAGGAUGUACAGAAGAUGCCAUGGGAGGUUCUAGAGGCCAAAAUUGGAAACUGGAUCCACUAUAUGAGAAUUGCUGUGAAACUCCUAUUUGCUGCAGAAAGAAAAAUCUGUGAUCAAAUUUUUGAUGGUAUCGAUGCUCUUAAGGAUCGCUGCUUUGCUGAAGUUACAGCAGACAGUGUGUUGAUGCUUUUCAGUUUUGGGGAUGCUAUAGCUAAAAGCAAGAGGUCACCAGAGAAAUUGUUUGUGCUUCUAGACAUGUAUGAAAUAAUGCGUGAGCUUCAUUCUGAGAUUGAAACAAUAUUUGAAGGAAAAGCUUGUUCUGAGAUGCGGGAUGCUGCUCAUAGUCUUUCAAGGCGCUUAGCCCAAACUGCUCAAGAAACGUUUGGUGAUUUUGAGGAAGCAGUGGAAAAAGAUGCAACAAAAACUGCUGUGCUGGAUGGAACUGUGCACCCGCUGACUAGCUAUGUGAUUAACUACGUGAAGUUCUUAUUUGACUAUCAGUCAACUUUGAAGCAGCUUUUUCAGGAGUUUGAAAAGGCUGGAGAAGACUCCAAUGCCCAACUAGCAACUGUUACAAUGAGAAUUAUGCAGGCUCUUCAAAGUAACCUGGAUGGUAAAUCUAAGCAAUAUAAGGACCCUGCAUUGACUUUUCUGUUCAUUAUGAAUAACAUCCAUUACAUGGUCAGAUCCGUUCGAAGAUCAGAGGCAAAGGAUUUAUUGGGCGAUGAUUGGGUUCAGCGGCACAGAAGAAUUGUGCAACAAAAUGCGAAUCAAUACAAACGGGUAGCUUGGGCAAAGAUUCUGCAGUCUCUUUCUGUUCAAGGCCAAAGUUCUUCUGGUGGUUCUGGUCCUGGGGGUAGCGAUGGGGGCAACAGUAGUGGAGUUUCACGGGCUACUAUAAAGGAGAGGUUGAAGUUUUUCAACAUGCAGUUUGAGGAGCUUCAUCAAAGGCAAUCUCAGUGGACAGUGCCAGAUCCAGAACUGAGGGAGUCUCUGAGGCUUGCUGUUGCUGAAGUUCUACUGCCAGCAUAUAGGUCUUUUAUAAAACGUUUUGGGCCUCUUAUUGACGGCGGAAAGAAUCCUCAAAAAUAUGUGAAGUAUACUCCAGAAGAUCUGGAGCGAAUGCUUGGGGAAUUCUUUGAAGGAAAGACAUGGAAUGAGCAAAAGCGUUGAUUGCCGAUUUCUGAUUCUUCUGUUUUGAACAGUUUUCCGAUUAUUUUGGGUUUGAAAAAAAAGCAUUUUUGUGAGUCUCUUUGUGUUUAUGGCCCUGUUCUUUUAUCCACCAUUAGCUUCAAUUUUCUUGUAAAGUUUAUUUAUUCUUUUACUGUCUUGUUGUCUCAUGACGGGUAUGAUUUGUAAGGAGAGUUGAUUCCUAUGAUUCUUUUUUUCUUCUUUUUUCAUGAACUCAGUUACUGCAAUGAUCAGUUAUUGUAUUGAGAUUGUCACAUUAAUUUGA